CUAAGGUGUUGGCCCAUGAAAGCUGAAAUUGCAGUGAUGUUCUUAUUGUAGGCCAAAAAUGCAUAAAUUCUGAAAUAAUUUUUUUGUAAAAAAAAAAUUGCCAACAAUAAGGAUAUCGCCCAGAUAUUUCAACAAAUUAAUGAGCUUUGGGUCUGGAUCUGCUUAACCAUAGGUGGGAAGGAUGAAGAUGAACUGCUUCUCUUGUUGUCUUUCUGGGGAGGAGAAAAUCGCCAGAAAUUCAUUGAAGAAAAGCAUUCAAGAAUACAAGGACAUUAGGGUUCUUGCUUCAUUUGCCAACAUUUCUUUGAAAUCUGAUAGAAGCAGGAAGAAAUACAUUGAGGAAGAAAUAGGAAAAUUUGGAAAGGGGAAUAGCUCAGCUCAUGCUUUUACAUACCAAGAACUAUCUGAUGCAACCCAUAACUUCAACCUUGAAUCUUUGCUUGGGGAAGGCGGUUUCGGGCGGGUCUACAGAGGGCACCUCAAGAACAAAGACAAAACUGUUGCAGUUAAAAAACUCGACAGGAAUGGCCUCCAGGGAAACCGGGAGUUCCUCGUGGAGGUUCUGUUGUUGAGCCUUCUUCACCACCCUAACCUUGUGAGCUUGCAAGGGUAUUGUUGUGAUGGAGAUCAAAGGCUAUUAGUAUAUGAGUUCAUGUCCAAUGGCUCCCUUGAAGACCAUCUUCUUGAUCCAAAGCCAGGUAAAAAGCCACUAGAUUGGAUUACAAGGAUGAAAAUAGCUCAAGGAGCAGCAAGAGGGCUUGAGUAUUUGCACGAAACAGCCAACCCACCGGUUAUAUACCGUGACUUCAAAGCAUCCAACAUACUCUUAGAUGACAACUUCAAUGCAAAGCUUUCUGAUUUCGGGCUGGCCAAACUAGGACCGACGGGCGACCAGUCUCAUGUCACCACCAGGGUCAUGGGCACAUAUGGCUAUUGCGCGCCCGAGUACGCCUCUACGGGCCAGUUGACUACAAAGUCUGAUGUUUACAGCUUUGGGGUCGUGUUUUUGGAGAUCUUAACAGGAAGAAGAGUCAUCGACAACUUGAGGCCCAGUGAAGAACACAAUUUGGUUUUGUGGGCACAACCAUUGUUCAAAGACAAGAACAAGUUUCACUUGAUUGCGGAUCCAUUGUUGGAAGGAAAUUAUCCAGCAAAGGGUCUGCAUCAAGCUCUUGCAAUCGCGGCAAUGUGCCUCCAAGAGGAAGCCGACACGCGGCCUUUCAUCACUGAUGUGGUUUCAGCUUUGGAGUUUCUGUGUGGGAGCAGAGCCGGGGAGGAGGAGGAUUGCGAAGAUGCCGCUGUUGCUGUUGAGCCAUCGCCUCCAGACGACAAUGAAACCAAGAGCUAAAAUGGGGUUGUUUGUCUAUGACAUUGGCUCUCAAUGAUGAUGAUCUUAGUGUGGGUGAAAGAGAUUUUUACAUGAUUGUCUGGAGAUGAUUGACGUCUUGGUGUUACUGUUGUUUAAUAUAAUCAGUUAGAAUUU